UUUCAGCUUUUCCAUAAUUAUUUUGUGUUUAUAAAUAUAUUUUUUUGUAUUGAGUUUGUAAGUAUGUCAGUUAAGCUCAAUGAGUACCAUGUAUCGAGGAGGACGGGCUUUUUGCUUGAAGAUCCUUUGGAGAAACUCCCUGAUUAUUUUGAAGACUGGAACUGGCUUUCUGCAAAUGCUCCUGAUCUGAUUUCUUCACACACACUAAGACGAGAAGUGGAAAAGAUACCUAUUUUGGACUACACCAGACUGAUUGGUUACAGAGAAUUGCGACUGGCUCACAUUCAGUUGUCAAUCAUUGGCUCGUGCUAUGUGUGGCAAGAAGGAGAUGCUGGGGUGCCCAAGAGUAUUCCAGCCUGCAUUGCUGUGCCUUGGUGGAAUAUUUCUCAACAAAUAGGUCUGAAACCCAUUAUUGGUCAUGCAUCAUUUUGUCUUGCCAACUGGAAGUAUAGAGAUCCAAGCCAGCCUGUUUCUCAUGACAACCUGGUGUCUCUGUAUGUGUUACCUGGAGAAGAGGCAUGUGACUGGUUUUGUGUUGCCACCUGUAUGGUAGAAUUCACAUUUGUUGAGGCUCUCGAGGCAAUUCAAGACGUUCUUGAUGGGAGUUAUGAAGAAGAUGACGUGAAGGUUGCAAAUGCACUGAUCCAGAUCACCAACACUGUUGAUGACAUGAGAAAAGCACUGAAGAGAAUGAAUGAAAAGCUACCUGCAGAUACUUUCUAUAAUGUCCUGAGGCCAUUUCUAAGUGGGUGGGGCGGUGAAAGCAACCCACUUCCCAACGGACUGAUAUAUGAAGGAAUCUCUGAAGAACCAGUACAACUGAAUGGAGGUAGUGCAGCUCAGAGUUCGACUCUUCAACUGCUCGACAGUUUGUUGGGUAUACAGCAUAAACCAGACAAGCAGAAGUUUCUCAACAAAAUGAGAGAUUACAUGCCCCCUGCACAUUCCAAACUUAUCGAAGAUGUGGGAAAUUCUUCCAACUUUUUGAAAAACUUGGUCAACAAGACAAACAACAAUCGGUUACAAGAAGCAUUCAAUGCUUGUGUUGCUGCAGUUACCCAUCUCCGGAGUUACCAUAUACAGCUGGUUACCAAGUACAUUGUAAUAAUGGCAAACAGGAAUAGAAGUGGAAAGUUUGAAGCGGUCUCAAAGAAAGGCACAGGGGGAACAGAUUUGCUGCCUUUUCUGAAGGAGCUUCGUGAUGAUACCAAAGAAACCAUGGUUCAGUAGCCUUUUAUACAGGCUUGAUAUGUGAUGUUCUAGCAGCUGAUAUAUUAUCCUGGUGAAUUCAUUUUAUGGGUUAACAUGUACAUUGUAAUAUGUAUCUGUUAAAACAUUUAUGUGAUUAUUGAGAUUUUUGUCUUGCCUUAUGAAGUAAAAAGGUAUUUCUUUUGUGGCAGCGGUAAAAGGUGUCAACUUUAGAAUUUUGCUCAGUGCUUUUUUGUUUUAUAUUUAACUAUAUAAAUGCAGUUUAUAGUUACAUCUCUGAAUGUUCAUCUCAAUGGAUAUUUAAAAAAAAAUUGAAAUUGAUUAAAUUAAUAUUUUAAUUUAAUUUUUAAUUUAAAAAAAACAACUUUAUUAUUUUAGUUACAUCUCUGAAUGUUCAUCU